AAACAGAAUGCAUGCUGAGAAAAAGGAAAAUUAUUUAUUCCAGGCUAUAUAUCUCUGUCAUUCUAAACAAAGAGAGAAGCUGUGAACAUUAUAUCAUAUCACCAUAAAUGUCGUAUGUGUACUUUUUUGCUAGUAUAUCUACGAAUAUUCUUGCAUAGCAGGACAACAAAAAUUUAUAUCCUUAUGCUGUUACUAAACAUUGUGAAAGUAAACAGUGUGGAAGUAAACGUAGAAUAAGUUACGAUGGCGUGUCCUUGGUGUUGUUAAGAUGUGUGUAGAUGGGGAUAGAGCGAUAAGAAAUACACAAAAUUUGCUGCGAGCGAAGGCACCACUUUAGUAGGUGCAACAAGUAUGCAUUAAAAUCAGUUGAAAUAGUGUUCUUAGAAGAGUUGAUAAUUUUCGAACCAUGAAAGCUGGUCGUGAGAAAGAUUAUGAAAAUUCAAGACUCAAAUUCUUGAAGAGAUGGCACAUCAACCCGAAUCUGUUGAUGUUGAAAAUAUCAUUAUUUGUUAUGUACGGAGCCACAGCAUCACUUAUUCCUUACCUGACUAUUCACAUGCAAAGCAUUGGACUCACUAUAGAAGAAAUUUCUAUAGUUUAUAUGGUUUUACCAUUUACGACUUUCAUAAGCCCACCUAUCACAGGUUACCUUGUGGAUAAAUUUGGACAGUACAAACCAGUGGUGGUAAUGUCGCUAAUCUUCAAUGCCAUUUUCCACCAUUCACUACUAUUCUUUCCUCUCACUGAAACACCUGGAAAAGUUCCAUUUGCAUUUGUUCUGAAACACCCAGCUGAGACCACAGUCGAGGUGUGGUGGAGUCCCUGCCCAAGCCGCCAGUGUCCCGAGGCGGAGGAACUGGACAUCAUCCUGGCCGCGUGCGAGGACUACUGCCUGUUGCCUGACCAGUCCUCCGGAGCGGGCAGCGAGAACCACAAGGCCGCCACUCCAAAAACAACAGCUUUAGAAGAUGAUGACAACAAGAACCUACACAUUCUUGUGGAGGCUGAAAAAAAACGCAAACCGAAAAGAAUUCCCGAAAAGGCAAAGUCUUCAAAGCACUUCCCUCACGAUCAUCAGUUUGAUAAGUCAGCUUUUUUUUACCUGGACAUGCAUCCAGACCUCAGAGAGCCCGCGGAACACCUUGGAAUUGAAGUGGAACAAUUAAACAAUGACACAACUAUCAACUAUCUGCGAAAAAGGUUUGGUGAGCAAGUCCUUUUAGAAGGUCGAGUCAACUUGACUGCUCUAGAAAAUGAAGAUUUGAGAUGUGGUGGGCAAAUGUUUACAACAAAUCUUACACAGAACACAUUGAAGGAGCUGGCUGCAGACUGUAUGCUGCAAAAAUGUCGCUUCAGAGAAGGGGGGCCAAGAGUCUGUCCACCCGACUACAGGGAAAGUGAAGAUAACAUAUUCUGGAUAUAUUUCCUGCUCCGAUUUUUCGGAACGCUAAUGUUAUCGGGUGGAGUCAUGCUGUUGGAUCCCAUAGCACUCAUGAUGAUACAGAAAUAUGGAGGAGAGUUUGGUAGGGAACGUCUGUUCUCCACGCUUGGAAUGGCUAUAUUUUCCCCACUCACAGGACUUCUUAUUGACCAUGAUAGCAGAAAGAAAGGUUACACGGACUACGCAGCCGCGUUCUACAUGUACGACGCUCUGCUCAUGACUUCGGCCAUCACGGUAAUGCUCAUGCCCCUGGGCAUGAAGUUACCCGCGGACAAUGUCCUCAGAGAUCUGCUGCGAAUCAUGAGGCUGCCACACGUCACGCUGUUCAUCAUAUUUUUGUUCUUGCUUGGCAACUUUUGGGGAUUCAUUGAAUCAUUUCUCUUCCUGUAUCUCAAAGAACUUGGAGCUUCAAACUAUUUGCUGGGAGCUACAAUAACUGUUGGAACAAUAAGUAGUAUACCAUUCCUUUACGGUGCAGGUAAACUAACUCGUAAAUAUGGUCAUGUAAACAUCAUCAUAGCAGCUUUUUUUUCACAUGCUGCUCGUCUCAUUGGCUACUCCUUUAUAGAGAACCCAUGGUGGUGUUUUCCUUUUGAAGUAAUAGAGUCAGUGGCUGUUCAUUUGAUGUGGAUAGCAGCAGCCACCUACUGUGAAAUUCUUGCUCCAAAAAAGUUACUUGCAACACUGAUUGGAGUACUGGCAAUGGCUCACUUCAGUCUGGGUCGAGGCAGCGGCAGCUACAGUGGUGGUCUCAUGAUAGCAAGUCUCGGCACUCACCAGUCGUUCCGCAUCAUGGGACUGUUCGCAAUAUCCAGUGGCAUAGCUUACGGACUGCUGCACUAUUUCUGGCUGCAUAAAGUGGAAGCAAAAUAUGCAUCAAAACGUGCAAGUGAAGAUGGAUGUGAGUGCGAACAUUUCAACAGUGAAGUGAGUGUCUACCCAAAACAUAAAGACUCUGAUACAAGUGCAGAAUGUGCAAAUUUGGUGCCACUAGAAAACUGUGAGAACAUUGGAAAUUACAAAUUCAAAGAACUGCAGGCACUUAAUAUAAAUUCCAACUAUGAGAACUGGCUGACAUCCAAAAUACAACUAUCUAUAGAUAUGAACUGCUCUUCCUAUUUACGCAAACAACUUACACCUGAUGAAUUAAAAACUUUAGAGGAUGAAUACAAAUUAUUAAAAGCUGUAACUCUUACAGAAAUAAAUCAAAGCAAAGUUUUACCUAUAGCAUCUAAAGCUCAGACAGUAAAAGAAUUUUUAUGUACAAAUGAUAAUUGCACAAAAAUUUUACCCAUCAUAAAUACACCAAAUGAAAAUAAUGUCUCAUAAAAAGGCAGACUAGUGCAUCAAAAUAUGUGAUAGACAAAAAUUGUAUCUAAACAAAAAAAAGUUUUGUCAGUACAUAUUAUUUCAUAUAAUGACAAAAAAUAUAACAUGUAUCCACAUAGGUUUAAAAUGCAAUUCUGAUAUUUUAUAGUUUUACAUUGGAAUGUAUCAAAUAUAUAUUACUUAAGUAGGUAUUGAAUCCUCCAUGAGUAUGUUUAUAUUAUUUUAAGCUUUGAGAUGAAUAUUAAGAAUGUUGCUUGAUUUUACAUUCUUAGGAUAGUCUACAAAUAAUUUAGUUUGUGUAAGGAAGAAAAGUUUAGUAGAUAUGUAAUUAAAAAUAUAAAUAAACAAUGAUAAUUUUUUA